CUCUUGCUUUCUGGUUUUCUCGUUUUUUCCAAAGCAUUUCCUGCUUGAAAGAGAGGGAAAGAGACAAAGCUUGAAUUUUCUCUGCUCGUGACAAUGGAAGACAAGCAUUCAUCUUUCGAAUCAAGCCCUAAUGAAGCAAACGGCGGCCAUUCUGCUAGUCACAGCGUCAACAACAACAGCGACCAUGGAUGGCAGAAGGUCACCUACGCCAAGCGACACAAGAAGACGAAGCCCAACAACAACAACAACAACAACAGCUCUCAUCCCCUGGCGAAUUCCAAUGGUACUUUGACCGGUGUUGCCGACAACGUUUUCCGGUCGAUCGAGAAGCAAUCGGAGGACCGCCGUCGGCGAAUUGUCGAAGCACAGAGAGCGGCCAAUGCUGGCUUCACUGAUGUUCCGAUCAGAUCGAAGCAACGGUCUGAUUACGAUUACGAGGAUGAUGACGACGAUAAUGAUGGUGCGGGGGCUUCGGCCGAGAAUGGUAAAGCGGAGGAUGUGAAGAAGGUGAAACCGAAGAAGGAGAAGAAGCCGAAGGUGACCGUGGCAGAAGCGGCAGCGAAGAUCGACGCUGCUGAUCUGGCGGCUUUUCUGGUUGAUAUAUCGACAUCCUACGACAAGCAGCAGGACAUACAGAUGAUGCGAUUUGCAGAUUAUUUUGGACGUGCAUUUUCUUCAGUGAGCUCCUCUCAAUUUCCCUGGAUGAAGUUGUUCAGGGAGUCGACGGUGGCUAAGAUAGUCGAUAUUCCUCUCUCUCAUAUUUCUGAUGCGGUGUGUAAGACAUCGGUUGACUGGAUCAACCAACGUUCUCCUGAGGCACUGAGCUCCUUUGUGCUAUGGUCUAUAGAUAGCAUUCUUGCUGAUAUAGCUAGCCAGCAAACUGUGGCCAAGGGCUCCAAAAAGGGUUCGCAACAAGCCACCUCAAAAUCUCAGGUUGCCAUAUUUGUUGUUUUAGCAAUGGUAUUACGAAGGAAGCCUGAUGUCCUAGUUACUCUAUUACCCACAUUGAGGGAAAAUGCGAAGUAUCAAGGGCAAGAUAAACUUCAUGUGAUUGUUUGGAUGAUAGCUCAGGCUUCAGUUGGGGAUCUCUCAGUAGGUUUAUACGCUUGGGCUCGCAAUCUCCUACCCAUAGUGACAAGCAAAAGUGGUAACCCACUAUCCAGAGAUUUGAUUUUGCAGCUAGUGGAAAAGUUUUUGUCUGCCCCAAAAGCUCGGUCUAUUUUAGUAAAUGGUGCUGUAAGGAAAGGGGAACGAUUAAUUCCUCCUUCUUCAUUUGAAAUAUUGAUGCGAGUUACUUUCCCUGCAUCUUCAGCUAGGGUAAAGGCUACUGAAAGAUUUGAAGCUGUAUAUCCCACUUUGAAAGAGGUGGCUCUUGCUGGUUCCCAUGGAAGUAAAGCAAUGAAGCAAGCUUCCCAACAGAUAUUCAAUUUUGCCCUCAGAGCAGCAGGGGAAAGCUGUGUUUCAGGAAAUCCUGAGUUAUCAAAGGAGGCAGCUAGUAUUGUCAUCUGGUGCUUGAGCCAAACCUCUGAAUGCUACAAGCAAUGGGAAAAAGCUUAUGAGGAGAACCUGGAAGCGAGCAUUUCUGUUCUGAAAAAGCUCUCUGACGAUUGGAAGGAGCAGUCUGCAAAAUUGUCUCCUCACGAACCACUAAGGGAGACUCUAAAGAGUUUCAAGGAAAAGAAUGAGAAAGCUUUGGCUUCUGGGACAGAAGCUUCUCAACAAGCACUCUUCAAGGAUGCAGAUAAGUACUGCAGGGUAAUGUUAGGAAGAGUAUCUCGAAGCCAUGGGUGCAAGACAUGCUUGGCCUUCACAGUCAUUGCUGUGGCCGUGGGUGCUUUUUUUCUGUCCCCCAAUGUGGAGACUUGGGAUUUGAAGAAACUAUCAGAAGCUUUCAGCUCUCACAGCGGCUUUUGAUAAAUAUCCUGUGAUACAGCAGACGGGGAUUUUCUUCCCAGCAUAUCCCUAUCUUAAUGGGUAAAGUAGUGCAAUUGCUUCAAGAGAAGCGCAUGAUGGGAUGUUGUACACUUGAUUGAGAAUGAGGCCAGCACAGCUUCGGCGCUUACUUUCCUCUCGAAUAUAGGAGGAUGAUCGCACUUCCGACUUUUUAGUUUUUAAUUUAAAUUUCUUCUUACCCAAUCACCCGCGUAGCCUCAGGUGGCAGGGUUUACUUUCAUAGUUUGACCGUUUAGCGUUUCAUUUAAUUUUGUUGUAGCAUUUUGAGUCUCCUAAGUUAAGCUUUUAGCUGACACGAUACACAAGUAAAUUUUGUAUUCUGAAGUGAGUUUUAGUUGAAUCAUGUGAAUUUUUACGACCCAAUACGGAAGAGUGUUCUGCUAAUUUUGCACUGUUAUCA